CGCCUUGACGGCAGACGCCUGGCCGGGUGGCUGAGAGGAGCCCCGCCGCCGCCGCCUCUGCCUCUCGCGCCGGGGUCCGUCCCGCCCGCUCGCCUCAGCCUGGCCAUGGCCGGCCGCUCGCUGCCGCUGCUGCUGCUGGCCGCCGCCCUGCUCGGGAGAGGAUAUGGUGAUGAUUUUGACGACUUCAGUUUAGCGGAUGCAUUUGAUGACCAUCCAACCAAGCGACCUACUCCCAAGUUGCCCAAAAAGCCAGCGGGUGGAACAGGAUAUGGGGAUGGUUUGGACGAUUUCAGUUUGUCAGAUGCACUGGAUGACCAUCCCACCAAGCGACCUACUCCCAAGUUGCCCAAAAAACCAGUGGGUGGAACAGGGGACUUCGAUUUAUCUGACUACUUUGACACCCCACCAGAGACUACAACAAAACCAGGAAAGGCAACCACUAAACCCUAUCCAAAGAAGCCAGAUGAUUUUAGUUUAUGGGAUGUGAUCCACACCACCACAACCAAGAAGCCAAAAACCACCAAAGCCCCACCCAAAAAGAAUCCAGCAAAGGAUCCUGCGGACUUUGACUUAUCGGAUGCGCUAGAUGAUCAGAAUGAUGGGAAAGGUGGUGGGAAACCAAACGUAAAACCUGGUGGAGGCUCGAAAGGUAAAGAUAACCCUUCAAGAGGUGGAAAACAGGCAUUUUCAGAUGACGAUCUGGCCAGUGUUCUGGACGAUGGGGAGUACCAUCCUGAUAAGAAGAAAGGUGGCAGCGACUACGAUGCAGGCACCACUGCCGAGACUGGGACAAUAGCAGGAAUAGCCAGUGCUCUUGUCGUGGCAUUGGUCGGCGCCGUCUCCAGUUACAUUUCCUAUCAGCAAAAGAAGUUUUGCUUCAGCAUACAACAGGGUCUUAAUGCAGAGUAUGUGAAAGGAGAAAACACGGAAGUUGUUGUAACUGAAGAACCUCAAGUUAAAUAUUCAGUCCUAGAAACACAGUCAGCAGAGCCGCCACCACCACAAGACAAUGCGAAGGUCUAAAGCAUGGCCUUGGGCUGGAAGAGAAUCAGUCAGCGGCAAACACACACACAAAACCAUCUCACAUGCUUGUAAUUCAGCUUUUUAUUUAAUUUGGAUCCAAGCUAGUCAAUGUGUAUUUAGACUAGAAGUGGCUUCAUGUUGAUAUAGGCGGUAGGGCUAGAAUGUCAGUGUCUUUUUAUUUUUUUUGUAAAGAGUUGUAUGUUUACACGGAAUUUAAUAAUGUAGGAUUGAUGUCAUGUUGUGUACAAAACAACAAAAGGUGCUUCAGUAGCCUUCCAAGCAACGUUUAGGAUUUUCACGUUCGGGACAAGCAGCUGGGAUAAUGUCUUUUUCAAAGAGUGCCAGAGCGUACAGGUGUGAGGACGAUAAAGUGCCUGUAAAAUAACAAUCCAAAGCAAACCAUGCAAGAACCUUUGUAAAUCACUUCCAGCCAAUUUCUGCCAUCAGCUAUGCGCAUGCAGUGUCCAGUGUCAGCAGUGAAAAUUGUGUGUGCAGCUGAGGGUAGAUUUUGCUCCUUAGAGUAGCUACACCUAAAAAUAAAGUGCCUAUGGGUAGAUCCUCAUUUGGGGCCCAGUCUGGGGGGGGUAACAAAGGCCUCUACUCAUUGGAGUCACAGAGUUGAGGGUGCACAUCAUCUCACACUACUAGACUUCUACCCACCUUUAAGGACCUGAUUUUGAUACCAGAUAAUGAUACAGAUCAUUGCGGUAUAGGAUUUUGGCAGGUAACACUGCCAUACAUGGUUGCGUCUGAGAUUGGCAUUGAGCCUCGAGUGCCAAGGUUUGGCUAUGACAACAUUGACACUUCUGCAUUGUCAUUGAGAUUAACUGAAAACUGUGUAUGGAUUUAGGGACAGGGUCAGAUCUCAUUUACGCCAGUCACUUGAAUUCAGAGAGAGCUGAGUUAAAACUAAUCAAGUGUUUUAAAAAAGAUCAGGGCAUAAGGUAACCUCUGAGAAUGGUUAGGAAACUGCCACUGAUGGGGUAAUUAUGUAGCAUUAUCCUCUCUGGGGUUUCUUACACCUUCCUCUGAAGCAUUUGAUGCUGGCCACUGACAGGAUACUGUGCUCAAGCUGAAGCAGCGCUCUGAUCUGUGUUCCUGUUUAAGUGAAGUGUAACAGAUUGAGUCUGGCCUCUGGUAGCUUGACUAUCACUUGUUACAAUUUUUUUUUCUUUAUGCCCCUUUUACUGCUGCUACAAUGUGGACACUGCCACAUGCCAAUACAUUUUUCAAAAUUAGCCAAAUUGGGAAAAGGAGGCUUUGAAAUAAAGGAAAAGUCUUCACUUUCUCACGUGGAAAAGGUACAAAGUGUUUAUAGAAUCAGGAUGUGCGUACAUUUUGUAAUGUUUUGCAAAAAUCCCCAUUAUGUGAAUGGGAAGCAGCGGCUGAGUAAGAGUGUGCCUAGUUUUCAGUUUGAUGUACACGCUCAGUUUUCAUGAAGGGACUUACGUGGGGCCUUGCCUGUAGGUAUUUGUAUAAGCCUAGGGACAUUUUUGUGUAACAAUCUAAUUUAAGUAUCAGAGGGGGAGCCGUGUUAGUCUGGAUCUGUAAAAGCAGCAAAGAAUCCUGUGGCACCUUAUAGACUAAUAGACAUUUAGCAGCAUGAGCUUUCG